GGCGGGUGGUGUGUGCACAGAGCAGCGUCGGAGCGGAGCUGGAGACAAACUGGUUAAACUGGGAGAAUUGGAUUGAGACAGCCGGUCAGCCAUGGCAGGAACAUCGAGACACGACAGAGAGAUGGCUGUGAAGGCCAAGAAGCAGCUGUCUGAUUGUUCUGAUCCGGUGGAGAGACUCCGGCUGCAGUGUCUGACCCGCGGCUCGUCAGGGAUCAAAGGUCUGGGCAGAACCUUUAAAAUCAUGGACGACAACGAGAACCGCCUCCUGGACUUCAAGGAGUUCCUGAAGGGUUUGAACGAUUACGGUCUGCUGAUCGAGAAGGACGAAGCCAGCGCCUUGUUCCAGCUCUUUGACCGGGACGGGAACGGAACCAUCGACUUUGACGAGUUCCUCAUCACUCUGAGGCCUCCAAUGUCCAAAGCCAGGAAGGAGGUGGUCAUGCAGGCGUUCCGGAAGCUGGACAGAACCGGAGACGGCGUGGUCACCGUGGACGACCUGAGGGGGGUUUACAACGCCAAGUACCACCCCAAAUAUCAGAACGGGGAGUGGACGGAGGAGCAGGUGUUCAGGACGUUCCUGGACAGCUUUGAUUCACCCUACGACAAAGAUGGAAAGGUGACCAAGGAGGAGUUUGUCAACUACUACAGCGGCGUCAGCGCCUCCAUCGACAGCGACGCCUACUUCAUCCUGAUGAUGAGGAACGCCUGGAAGCUCUGACAGCGACCUUGAUGCCAGCGGACCGAUACCAGCUCAGAACCACCUGAUGAUCAGAGGCUAUCCUCUGGAUCUGAAGCUCUGCUGGAACUUCUAGCUGCUGAUUUCUAUAGAAACCACAAGACCUUCAGUUGAUAGAUUAACUUUAUUGUGCAUAAACAGGUAAAAUGGUUAAAUAAAGGUUUAAACAGGAUGUACAGAACUUUAAUAGAACUUUAUACAAACGGAGCAGAACCAAGCAGCCGCAGCUCAAGCGUACAUUCUAGUCUGGUUGAUCCUGAGGUUUAGGUCGGGUCCGAUUUUACAGCAGCAGCAUUGUGUGUUUUGAGUUUCCAUGACGGCAAUCCGACCACAAUCAGAACAGGUAACCAUAGCAACAGAAAGUCCCCCAGCAGGUUACUCAGCGCAUUCAGAUGUGACGCGUUUCAGCGCUGCAGGACAAACGAGACUCUGCAGCAGCAGGAGGUUCGGUUCUGAGAGUCCAAGUGCAGACGGGUUCGGAUCAGAGCAGCUUUUAAAGAACAUCUGCUGGUUCCAGAACCGGAACCAGAAGAAAAACCAAGAGGAGACCUGACAUGAAGACAGACCCAGAAGGUUCAGGAGGAAGAAAAAGGGCCAAGGUUUAAACCAACAUGCUGGUUUCCAUGGAAACAGCAACAUUUACAGAUUUGGUGAACUUUACCGACCAACAGCAGGAUGGAACCAGCUUCAUUCUGGACUCCUGGAGAUGAACGGAACCAGAUCUUCUGGUAGGAGCCUUCAGCUAAACCCAGAAAGUCCUGUUGACAGAGUUCUCCAUAGACUUCUACAAGAAGGUUCUGGUAGGAUCAGGGCUUUUUCUGGUCCUGGUUACUUAGAUAAAUGUUCUGGACAGUUUAAAAGAGAUUCUUUUCUCAUUUUCAGAGAUCCAUUUGGACUUUCUGGUCUUAGUUCCCCCACUGCCUGAUGGGAUCAUUGGUCACUGAUUUGACUGGUCAGUUAGGAGGUUCUAAGCUUCUGGUUCCUCUGGUUUGGUUGGAGGUUCUAGACAGAUAAAGUCUAGAAGUUGUAGUGAGAAGGAAACAUGGUUCCUUCGGUGUUCCUGCUGACUGAUUCUGGUGAUCGGACCUGAUGUUUGGGUUCUGAGGCUGUUGUUUAGAUAGCAGAACAUAUCAGAACCCGGUGAUUCUUGGGUCGUUUUCUCUGGAUGAACUUUUUAU